AUGUACGAGCGCGAGUCGAGUGUAGCUUCCUCGGUCGACUUCUACGAGCCCGAGGGCACGCUGAAUGCGCCCAUCGCCCAGAUGCAGACCGACGCUCCCGUCGCAAAGCGCAAGGCUGAAGACGCCUCUUCGGCCGUAGACAAGAAGCGCAGGCUAGAUGCACACGUCUCUCCUUCCCUCUCAACCAGCUUAGGACUCUGUGCCGGGCUGCCACCGGCUGUGUGGCAGCACAUCUUUUCCUUCUGUUCGCUUGCAGACCUUGGUCGGUUGAUUCAAGUCAACCGACCCUUUCGUUCCUAUCUCUCAGACGUGUCCAACGUCUCUCUGUCCAAACCAGAGCAUGGUUGUCUGCAUCUCCUAAAGUCCGAAGCUCUGUGGGCCUCUGCCCGCAACGCCUUCAACUCAAAUGCCCCCAAACCCCUCCCAGGCCUCACCGAGCUGCACAUGUGGCAGCUCGUGUGGUCCAAGAGGUGUCAGUUCUGUAACAAGCUCGAUUCCUCCGUCUCCCUCCCUGGCUCUGCUGAGAAGCUGUGGCAGCAAGGCCCAGGUGAAGCUGGCGUCCGCACCAUCUGGCCAUUUGCCAUCAGAGCAUGCGGUCCUUGUCUGAUGCAGCAAUGCCAGACCGACGCAAGUCUUCUCUUCUCAGCCGCCUCCGCACUCAGACCCGCGCUCCCUUUUGCGCCCAUUACCACCGACCACCACUACCUUCCCGCGUACGCUCUGCAGUCGGCCACAAUACCUGCCAACGUGGAGAUUGGCAAAUACUACUACAGAAAGCACGUCCAAGACAUCGUCCAGGAGCUGAACGGCGCACUCGCUCUAGGUCCGUCUGCGGCCGAGGAAUGGUCAAAGGGCCUCGAAGCCAGAGGGAGGCAGCGCAUGAAAGCAGCCGAGACCUGGGAGCGCUGGUGUGUCAAAUACAAGGACACGAAGCGUGCGGCGUCGGCUGCCCGCUCACCUGCCGCCGCAUCACGUAAGCUGUCGAAAUCCCCAAAGCGCCAACCCCUUUCUCCCGUCAUUCAUGCACCCGUUCCAGCGAGUAAGUACUCUUCAACUGUUCCGAAGGCUGCCAUGCAUGGCGGACGUGUCCGACGUUUCACAAUAACCCCUCCGAUGCCCAACCUAACAGCUGCAGCACCAUCCACCCACUACGUACAUCAAAGGCCCCCAACCAUCCCUCCCAAUGUCUUCACCCCGCAGCCCAUGCUCACGGGGAGUGCACAGCCAAACCAGCAGAGGAACCUCCAUGAUGCCAAUGAGGCCAAGGCAAACCGGAAAACGGACAUUGAGCGUCGGUGCCAGCAAAUGAACCCACCCAUUGCUCCAAACAUAUUGCGCCACAUGGAUGCUUUCAAGGCAGCUAUCCAGAUAUCCCAGCCAAUGACCGACUAUGCAUGGAGCGUCUUGCAGCCUCGCCUAAUCGCUAACUUGCCUGCUGCCCAACAAGCCGAAGCCGACCACGUGUCUCGUGUAGCCUUGCUUCCAACAAAAACCACAGACCGUCGCCACCAGGAUGCUAACUCCAAGGAGGCAAAGGAGGCCAUGGACCGGGAAUGGGAAGAUUCCCAGCGGCCCAUCCGCGACAGGCUGAGUAGCAUUGCCGACGACUUCAUCCAUCGGGAUUGGGAUCACGGGAAAGCGCUCACGUACGAAAAUAGUCCCAAGUUUGCAGCCGACCUUCUCAUCUACGUACGACGAACGUACUACGAAACAAUCAACGGACCGACAGCUGCGCUGCAGGCGUCACAGAAAAGGGAGCCUCCUGAUCAUAAGCCACAUCUGGUGCUGGAGAAUAUGAAAUGGGUGUAUGACAACAAACUCAAGCCUCUAACAGAACAGUACCGGCGAGAGUUGUUCCUCUGCCACGGCAACGACUGCGAAAGCAACACCCGACUCUAUGGGUUUGAAGGUGUCGUGCAGCAUUAUGGAGCCAAGCACACUACCACGUUCAGUAGCGGCAACAUUGUCGUCGCAUGGAGAGAAGCCGAAUGGCCAGAGGAGACACCCUUCCAUCCGGACCCUAUUUCAGUAAAGUACGCGCCCCAAGCGUCGUCUAAUGCAGCAGCUUAUGGCGGGUUCAUGGGUGGCUUCUCCCGUGCAGGAACAUCCACCCCUCACAUGCCAACUCACAUGCCCCAAGCGAGUCCAGGCCCUUACCAGUACUCUGGCUACAACGGCCCUUUUGCCCCGCCACAGGUAUCGUAUGACUACUCUCAGGUCUAUGGUGUCCCAGCAGAGGGACAUGCAUACCAAUCCAUGGGUCCUCCAGGUUAUGGUCCUCACCCGGGUCACCCUUCAUACAUGCCAUCCCCCGCUAUGAUCAACUCCGCUGUGGCCCCACCUCCUGCUGUACCUGCACCAAACUACGGCAUCGCCGAUCCCGUAUCGAAUGGUAGCGAGGACCCCAGUCACAGCACAGCCUCGUUCGACAAGGAAGUAAGUACCAUCAUUGGGAUGGCCCAAGACAUGUGGAAACAGACCUCCGGGAUCAAGGAUUUGCCCAACAGCCUUCGGAUCUAUGUCUUGUUGCAUCGCGUCGUUUCAAAGUUCCACGUCGCGUUCAACUAUGAGCCAAAUCUGAACCACUUCAUUGGUGCGCUCUCCAACCAUGAGAUAUCGAAAGCGCUAAAGAACGCGCCGGGCCUGUGUUGUAAGGCUUGUCAGCUCCAGUCUGCACAGCACCUUACCGGAGCCUACUACUCAAAGCCCGAGGAAAGGAGGACAUAUACUGUUUUGACUUUGUUUUCGCACUUUCGGUCCCAGCACCUGGUCGCCGUUCCUUCUGGCAUUGGUUACGGACAAGCUUCUACCACGCUGGACUGGAAAGAGGACAUGAUCGAACUCCCCAGCGAGCGCUUCAUCUCAGGGCUCAUUCACGCUCCGGGUAUGGAUGACGAGAAACUCCUCAUGAUCGCGACCACUUUCCCGAGCUUGUUUCCCCUGCCCCUGCCGACGAUCGGCAAGAUUGAAGAUGAUGGACUGACCUCACCUGCUUCCUCUGGACCAGCCAAAGACGCCCUCCGUGCAAGUGGUACUCCAGGCAUUGCACUAGACAAGUCAGGCCCAUCAACCAUUGGGGCGUCACGUACCGAGUCACCCCGGCUCUCUAAGCCCGCGGAAGACGAGUACGGCCCCGAGAGACCAGCCACUGCCACCGAUCGAGCCAACCAAGCCCCAAGCCUUGGGGACAGGAAGCGUUCCCAUCGCGAUAGCCCCCCGCUCGAGCGAGGAGAGCGCUACUAUGGCGAGCCAAGAUACUACUCCAAAGACCAACCAGAGGAUGGUUACCCUCGUUCUAGAGAAUUUCUGGAGUAUGUCCCGACCCCUCGGGUAUUUCACGCAGGUCCCGCUUACGACGAAUACUCUGGACGUCGUACUGGCUUCCGGGAGACCGAGCGCUUCUAUGGCCCGCCAGCAGAGGAAAUCGUCUAUGCAAGCCAUGGCCGACAGUACAAUUCUCAUGUACGUCAGGUCAGGUAUGCUGAGGAGGAUGGCCAACGUCAUGGACACCACUACCCGACUGAAGCACGACCACGGGAGGCCAGUGGGCCUCGUGGGCAAUCAGCUGCGGACCGCUUCCUGGAAGAGUUCGUCCCUGAGCAGCCCCCUGCGAGCGAAGGGGAACCUCCGCCCCCACGGCCAGACUCGAAGCCUUCUGUUUCUGCACACGAAGACGAUGAUUCUCGUUAUACACCUCCGCCACCAAAUCCGCCCCCUCCAAGUGAGCCUGAGAGCCAAUAUCGCCCACUUACCGUGCCGCAGCCGGCCCCAUCGAUCGUCUCGAAUGGUUCUGGAUAUCAGGUUCCUCCCAACGGCCGCCACAACCCUACACCCGACUCAGUGGGUGCUCCACGUCAACCCAUGCCUCAGCGCCGUAGAGACCGCCCGCAUGAGCACCGAACGCCGUCCCGUUAUUACCGCUACAUGAGCAUCCCAGCCCGUGACGAUCCCUACGGUCGUGCACCAAGCAUCACCCGUUCUCAACGGAGCAGAUAUGAAGAACAGCGGCGCCGCAUCGAUGAAGCAGAAACACCCCAGCCCACUACCGAACGGGAUCGCGCACAUGGGCCCACCUACUCGCGGGACCACAGCGUCGGCCAUGCGUCUCCCGAAGAAAGCUUCUACCCACCUGUUCGCCCACCUCCGCGCGGUUACGUUUCCGUCCAGGAUCGUGCGCACCACAUCUCACCGCCUCGUUAUCAUCGAUAUGACGAACCUCGUGGACCGCCACCACCAAUUUACUACGAUGAAUACGGUCAGCCCGAGUAUGAAAUCGUCAGAUUUCGCGGCGAUUAUCAUCAACCACGUCCAUACAUGGCAGACUAUCGCCAGCCCGGCCCCGCUCGUUAUGAGCCGUACCACGAGCCGUAUGUGUAUGAGCGGCCCCCUCCCCAAAGAUACAACAGCCGUCCGGACGAUUAUGUCUACUACGAGGAUAGACAGAGAGAGAGGCCGCUACCAGGGCGACCGGCGCACGAACCCGAGGCUGAGCCUCUCGAGCCUCCACCAGUAGGCAUCAAGGUGGAGGUUGCUACGCCGGCGCCGAUGCCCGAAGGUUUAUGA